GCAGAAUGAUCUCCGUGAACGCACCCGUGUUGGUGGGCUGAACAGGAGAACCUAGCUGGUUGAAUUUUCCUCCAGUAGCUGCUAGCAGAAGCAACAGCAGCAGCAGCAGCAUCCUUCUGCAUGAUAAUACCAGCUGUUUACACCGACUAGCGUACAGAAGAGGCACGACUCUAACGCAAAUAUAGGCGUUGCCAGCAUCUACGGACUAUCUUCCAAAUUAGAAAAAGGGAAUUAUAAAUAUAUAUAUAUAUAUUUUUAAGAACCGGGGCUUGUCAUUUUUUUGCUGUGCAUCAUUGAUUUGAACUGAAGGUAUGGUAAGCAGUCUGUUAUUCGUCUUGAAUUGACUUGUAUUGCAUUCAGACUGUGGAGUGAUCAUGCAGAACGGGAGCAUUGCUGUUACUGGUAUUAUUCGCUUAUUACGCGAUCGCAUAUGAAUCCAUUGUUAUGAUUGACGUUACCGAUUAAAGUUGCAAUUAUUUUAAUAAGCAGCAGCAAUGUCUAAAGUGAAAAAUUGCGAGACCGUGAAAGUGGUGGUGAGAUGUCGUCCUUUGAAUCGGAAAGAAGAAGCAGCAGGUCACGAACAGAUUGUGAAUAUGGAUGUGAAAUUAGGCCAGGUGACUGUUCGGAACCCGAAAGCUGCACCCGGGGAGCUGCUGAAAACGUUCACCUUUGAUGCUGUCUAUGAUGCCAGCUCAAAGCAAAGCGACCUGUAUGAUGAAACCGUUAGACCCCUUAUAGACUCUGUGUUGCAGGGGUUCAAUGGGACCAUAUUUGCUUAUGGACAAACCGGUACUGGCAAAACGUACACCAUGCAAGGUGCAUGGAUGGAUCCAGAAAAGAGAGGUAUUAUACCAAAUUCCUUUGAGCACAUCUUCACCCAUAUAUCCAGAUCCCAAAACCAACAGUACCUGGUAAGGGCAUCAUAUCUAGAAAUAUACCAAGAGGAAAUCAGAGAUCUUCUAUGCAAAGACCAGUCCAGGAAACCAGAGCUCAAAGAAAACCCAGAUUCUGGAGUUUACAUCAAAGAUCUGUCUUCUUUUGUGACCAAAAACGUCAAGGAGAUAGAGCAUGUUAUGAAUGUGGGCAACCAAGCAAGGUCCAUUGGGUUCACCAACAUGAAUGAGCACAGUUCCAGGUCCCAUGCCAUUUUUGUCAUCACGGUUGAGUGCAGCGAGACUGGCAUAGAUAGUGAGAACCACAUUAGGGUGGGCAAACUGAACUUGGUAGACUUGGCUGGCAGUGAGCGGCAGAGCAAAACCGGUGUUCGGGGGGAACGCCUCAAGGAAGCCACUAAGAUAAAUCUGUCCCUAUCUGCCUUAGGCAAUGUUGUAUCUGCUCUGGUGGAUGGCAAAAGCACCCAUAUACCCUACAGAGACUCUAAACUGACCCGCCUGCUGCAAGACUCCCUUGGAGGCAAUGCCAAGACCAUCAUGGUGGCCACCCUGGGCCCUGCCUCCUACAAUUAUGAAGAGAGUUUGACCACCCUCAGGUAUGCCAACAGGGCCAAGAACAUCAAAAAUAAGCCGCGUGUGAAUGAGGACCCCAAAGACGCCCUGCUGAGAGAGUUCCAGGAGGAAAUCGCAAGGCUGAAAACCCAGCUGGAGAAACGGGGGGUGCUGACCAAGAAGAGGAGACGGAACAGCCGGAGGAUUAAGAAGAUGCUGGAUGGGGAGGAGGUCACAGACCUUGAGGGGGAGGAUGAGACAGAGCACAGCGUGGAGAAGGACAUGGAGGACUACCUGAAAGAGCAGGAGAAUCUGGAGCUGGAGAAAGCAGCCAUCCUGGAUGACCACAGCCUGGUGGCUGAUGAGAAGCAUAAACUGCUGGAUGAGAAGGAGAGAAUGAUGGAUGACCUGAGAAGAGAACAGGAGGCCACAGAGAUGCUCACCGCAAAAUUUAAGGCUAUGGAAAGCAAGCUUCUAGUGGGAGGGAAGAACAUCAUGGAUCACACCAACGAACAACAGAAGAUGUUAGAACUGAAGAGACAGGAGAUUGCUGAGCAGAAGCAGCGCGAGAGGGAGAUCCAGCAGCAGGUGCUGGCGCAGGAUGAAGAGACAGUGGAGCUCAGGGAGACCUACUCCUCUCUGCAGCAGGAGGUCGAGAUCAAAACCAAGAAACUGAAAAAGCUGUACUCCAAGCUGCAGUCGGUGAAGGCUGAGAUUCAGGACCUCCACGAUGAGCAUGUGCGAGCCAGGCAGGACCUGGAGCAGAGCCAGACAGAGCUGACUCGGGAGCUCAAAUUCAAGUACCUGAUCAUUGAAAAUUUCAUUCCCCCGGUGGAGAAGAACAAGAUCAUGAACAGGCUGGUCUUCGAUGGAGAGGAGGAACAGUGGAAGUUCCAGCCCUUGGUACCUGCUGGAAACAAGAACAGUCAAAUGAAGAAGAGGCCUGUCUCUGCAGUGGGCUACAAGAGACCAAUCAGCCAAUUUGCACGGGUUGCCAUAGAGAUGGGAGCUCAUCCUAGAUACCGGGCGGAGAACAUCAUGUUCCUGGAGUUGGAUAUGACUCCUCCCACUUUAUUUGAACUGGAGUUCCCCCGAGCUCAGCCAGAGCAUGACAUGGCCCUUCGCUUUGGCAGGGAUCUGAUGCUGGAUAACUCUGCAUACAGGGAGCACGCAGCUGCCUCCAGGGUCAAGAAAUCAAGGUCAUGGUGCCGACCACCAAGAUUAGUUUCUUCCUCGUCUUCAAGCUUCUCACUGGCUUCUGGAUCCCAGCAUAUCCCCCGUUCACAAGGGCCCUCAGCAUCCUCACAUCCAUGAGAGGCACCCUGGUGUGCAAAGUGAAGAGCCCAGUUUAACCCAGGGGCCGCCAGCUUCCUUUUGAAUCAGCAUCUGCAUAAGCUCUCUCUUUUUUCUUUUUUGUCCAGAAGAGCAAACUUUAGAAGCACUGGACUACUACUAUAAGCAAGAAAACGAAAAAAAAAAAUUCAGGAAGGUUUCUGACAUGAGCCAGAGGCCGUUGAAGUGCCACUGUGCACCUGCACAAUAGAUCCUUAACUUUACUGAUAAUCAUGUGGUAGUGCUUCGGGGAAGGCUUUCAUAGUGUACAGAAGCGUGUCAAACACUGCACAUUAUAUAAGGGAGCUCAGAGGUUAUUUAUUUAUUUAUUUUUUUUAGCUUUCAUUGCAAAAUCUUUGGCUGCAUAGCUCCCCCUGUUUUAACAAUGCAAGCCUGUCAGCAAGGGCUGCUGUUGAUUGUAGGAGAAUCUCUCUGCUUGUUUGUUCAUUUUCCUUGAGAAAAGCAUCACUGACCUGAAAUGACUUUAAAGCUUAUCAACGCAUUGUGUGUAUUUUAUUUUUCAAUACAAGACAAGCAUCGUGAAUAGCACAACGUCUUAGGUAACAUGUACUGAAUUAAUGUAAUUUCUUUAGUGCAGAAGGAACCGCUGAAUUUUGCAAUCCAUUAUAUAUAAAUUGGCCAAAGCUCUUUGAAGUAAAACCCAUUUGAUGAAAGGGAUGAAACCUAAGCUUUCAAAGAUAAGCCUGUAGCCUGCCUCCAGCAUGUCAUCUUCCAGACAGAUGCAGUGCAGCAACAUCCACAUGCUUACGAUGCUUAUAUAAAGUUGAUUUGAUCGGUGAGGAUUAAAACAGUCGGACGUUCCAGUUUACAGCUGGGAUGAUAUUUUGCUCAUUGCUACGUAGCUAUUCUCAUGUAGAUUGUACACCUUCAACCUAAAACCCAAAUCAUUCACGAGUGGAAAAUUAUAUAUAUUUUUUAUUUGUUAACCCUUUACAAUAAGUUGUUAGAAUUACAUUGAAGUAAUCUUCAAAUCAUGAUGAAAUCCACACUUACUAAAUUAGAGGAAUUGCCUUCUUCCAACUCAUAUUCAUAUCCGUAUAGGAAACAACGGCAAAUUAUUAUUAUCAAUAUUGUUUUGGUUUCCACACUGAGUAGCUCUUUUAGAAAGACAACUUUAUUCCCUUUUUUAUUAAAAUCAAACAAGACAGCAAAGUGUAAAUGUUAUCAUCUGUCACGACUACCUUUGUGAACGCAGAUUAGUUUAAAAAUGAGAGCUAGUCUGCACAGAAUGUAGUUUACCAACAGUAUGUCUGAAAUUAUACUAUAAGAAAAUCAGAUCCUUUUAAAUUCCAAUCCUACAUAUUCCCUACAUAUUGACACUUGGUGAUAAACAUGUCCACUAACUAUAACAGUGUAAUUAAAUGUGCAUCUUUUUUUUUUCCUUCUUGCCUAUACCUCUGGUCAGGUUAAAAGGCUAAAAACUGUUUUGGAAGGUGAUAGGUAUCACAUCUGUUUACUUAGUUGUGUAAGCUAUGUUCUGUAUAUUUUUAUUUCAGUGUGUAUAUAGAAACUGUAUAUAGAAAAUAAUCACAUUGCAAUGAUAUAGCUUUGAAAUAACCUCAAAAAUGAUACUUAAGUUUUGUUUAUUUAUUUAAUUACCUAUGAAACACUGGGCACUAUGUACUGUGGUAGGGCCUAUUGGUUACGUGAGAUGAAAACAAUGAAGAUAAUGUGAGAACAGUUCUGGAAUUCCUCCAAUCUUUUGUAUUUGACAUGUACAUAGUAUGUUUAAUGUCAUUCCUCUGUCUUAAAACACUUGAGUUGAUACACUGUCCCUCCAAGAAACUGCACUCAUAUUCCCCUUACUGCUCAUGGAUAUGAAUGUUUACAGUGUCCUUUAAAUGCACAGUAGAGUAUCUAGUAAAAUGGGAGGUAACCAAGGUGGAUGUUGCUGCGAGUGAGUACAUUAUACCCGUUUUCCCAUGGCUAUUUGUCCAGCCGAGCGAGAAAUAAACUGUGAAACUCCGGCCUCCUGAAUCUGUCUCGGAGCCAAGCAGAGCCAGGGGCAGGUUUCAUGAUUUUCAUCAUUAAGUUAGUCAGUACACUCGAGGAAGACAAACAAUAUGGCGUGCAGCAAGUUGGAGGAGAGAAAAGUCAAUUUCAGUAGUGUUCAGUAAUAAAUGAAGAAAUAAAACGAAGAAAAACACAACCAUCUACAUGCGACCAGACACAUUCAUUGCAUGUAACGUCAGCUGCACUGCUUGGGCUGUGCAGUGGAAAAACAACCAGGCUCCUUCUAAGCCGUUACUGGGAUGUUGGUAUGUAAAAAGUUGCCGAUAAUUCAUGGUCUCAAUAUAUCAUUCAAUAAUAAGCUGUGAAUUGUCCUAGUGAUUUCUGAUUUUACCUUUUAAAUUUCCAAGAAUCAAUUUGGAACGAUUGCUCAAUUAAUCUUUUCUUACUUGACUGAGAAGAAGCAGAUGUGUUUUUAUGACACAAGUUAUUUCAUGGCAUUUUAAUUUAAUCCUUAGAGUAGAAGUUUAUUCUUGUCUGGAUCCCAGGCAAACACAUGAAAUGUCUGAAAGAUAAGCUGACUAUGUAUUUAGCAUGAAGUGUAGGAUGGGGAUUGUCAUGAAGAAAUGUGACACAGCUCACCUAAACAUACAUGCUUUAAUUGAGUUCAGCAUAGAUUGCUGUUGACUGGAGUUAGGAGUUACUGUAGGUGAGGAAAUGUAUCAUCUAAUAGCCACAGUACAGAAUUGUAUGCUAUGAAUAAUAAUUUAAAGCCUUAAUAAUUUAAACUCCAUGCAAUGUACAAUCAGUGUAGCACCAGUAUUGGCUGGCGUCUAAAAUACUGUACAAUAGAUGUAGUAGAUUGAAUGGUUUUGGGGGGAAAAUGUAUUACAAUAGUUUCCUCAAUCACAAGCAUUUGUUGUCAUUGUUUUGCAGACCAACCGACUUAUUGGCUUUCCACGAAAAAACAAACAUUGAAAAAAAACAUUCAAGGACCUCACCAUCUUUAUAUGUCCAUGCAAAAAUUAUUAAUUAAUAUCUCUUAUGUAUUAAUUAAAUCUUUGCUUGUUACAUUAAUUCCAUGAACUUAAAGCUUCCUCAAAGUUUCCACCCCAAGAUAAAAAGUUUAUUUAACUGGGCCCUUGGUUUCUUUCAGUUGUUGCAGUGGUGACAAAGCAGAACCUCAACAUUUCAAAAUGUAACUAGUGAUUACAGCGCUCCUUAUUUGAAACACAGCAUUCCAGAGGCACACGGCCAUGAAAUCAAUUUUAAUGAAACAGCAGCAGCUACAGUAUAUUUAUUUUCUCCCCAAGGGUGAUUUAUUGUUCCCCCUUUUAACAUCACUAAAAUAGAGUGAGUCUGUGAAAGAGACGGAUUAUCAUAUUUAGGGUGGCAUUCUUAAGAUCUGCCACUGUUUAGUUUGCUCAAAAUCGACCCUUAUACGGGUUUUGCAAGUGAAAUGGCAUUUAACAGGAAGGAAGAGUCGCAACCAUACAGGUUCACUGAAGAAGAACUAUACUUCUGUGCAACCCGGUUUCAUUUGAUAUCUUAAACUUUUUAUUUGGGGUAAAAUGAGAAAGCCUACACUCCAACAGUUCAGAGUUUGGCUGCAGAUAGGACAGAUACGCUUAGGAUUACAUUAGUUAAUAAAGAGGAGGUUAAGAGAGUGUCAGUGAGGGCAGACACAUGCACAGUAAGCCUCUCACUAAAUAAUGUAUGUUGUUUAUUGACACUGUUUCAUAUUACAGCUAAUCUUCUACCAGAGACUGCACUGGGCAAUGGUGUAUGGCUAUUGUGCCUCAUAAGUCACCAUCCAUUACUAUAUUCAUUUACUCCAGUAACUGUUGAAAGAAAAAUCAAAAACAUGAAUUAAUCAAUUACAAAAGCAGGAGGGAGUUCAAGACUCAAACAUGGGAUCCAAUCUGAUUCCCCACUGGUUUGCCGUUUCUUGCCUUGCAUUCAUUCAUCCUUUGUUAAAUGUGCCUGCCAAGGAACAUAUAGGGGUUUGCUUGAGCAUUUCCAUCAAAAUGCCAAAAGAUAUAGCUGCGGAUGGAAUCUAAUGAAUUACAACAAACUGUAUGUGCAGAUUAGGUUACUUUUGUAUACUGUAUGUAUGUCCAAUGUGUAUGUCCAACAUUCCAUACAUAUUAUUAUUAUUAUUAUUAUUAUUAUUAUUAUUAUUAUUAUUAUUAUUAUUAUUAUUAACUGAAGAUGUAAACGUAAAUAAAACAAAUACAGUACUGUAGUUGCAUAUGCACAACUAUGCAGGGAAAUGAUGUAAAUGUCAUUUCCCUUAGACAACUUGUAAUUCCUGAUCAUUAUCACAUUCAUUUGGUGUAAACUGAGCAGUGCCAUGUCAGAUGAAUUAUGCUAUUUUUGUAAGACUUACUGACUUUCCAUACUUCCAUUCCUUUAUUUUUAAUAAGUGUUUAUUACUGAACUAAAUUAAUUGACGGUUAUCUUUUGUUAUUCAAGCUGGGAGAAAAGGUCAUUGCUCAUGUGCAUUUCUAAUUCUGCACACCUCAAUAUAAAUAGCCUCCUAAAUGUCUUGCUCGCAAAAAACAAAAAAAAGCAAAAACACUUGUAAAUACGGAAGGUGCUUCUGAUAUAAUGCUUGGAAAUAUAUUUCUAACCUGGGGAAAAAAUAAACGCCACCACCCAAGCGUUUUGUAUACUAGAAGGGGUUUCAAUAUUUCUGUGUGCAAUUAUACUGUAUGUUUUAUUUCCUUGUCUUAUAUGUGUGCCCCAUUGGGGCAGUCUGCUGUAUUUGACACAGUUGUGUGAGAAGACUGUAUUGGGAACAAAAGAAAAAUCAUCUGUAAUUUAGAUUUUGAGCAGGAAAAGGUAAGGGCCUUGAAGAGGACCACAUUUCUCUUCCUGUUUCCGUAGCAAUGUGUUCUGAAUCGGAUUGAUUUCAUUGUGUGGCUUUUCCUUUUCCUCUUUUCAUUCUUUUUUUUUCUAGCAAUUGUUUAAUGUGCUAUGGAAUUCUGCUGUACUGUAAAUUGAUGCUGGAAAUUGAAAUAUUAAUUGAGCACUAUUAAAAACAGAAAAUUACCAAUAAAAGAAAU